AUGUCUGCAUCAAAUCAAACAAUUGAACCAUAUUAUAUGCAAUUUUUACGUUGUGCUAAGUGCUCACGUGGUUUUGAAUAUGAAAAUCAAUCAUAUCAUCCAAUAACAUUACCAACACAUGAUGCUACAAUAUGUAAACAAUGUAUUAGUGUUGGAACAGAUCAUACAUCAAUUGAUCAAUUACCAACAAAUUAUCCAUUAUUAAUUAUUCUUUAUGAUCCAUCAAAAUUACCUAAAGAUCAUGAAGAACGUUAUGGUCAAUGCCCAUUUUAUAUGAAACUUGAUGAUGAAACAAAAACAUGUUUUAAUACUGUAGAAAAAGGUCUUAGUGAUAUAGCAAUUAUAAUUAAACCAAUACUUAAAAGUGAAGAUUAUGAAAACGUAUAUAGUCGUUCACUGUUACGAAAAAUAUUUGGUUUAUUUAAUAGUCAAUAUAUUAAUCGUGAAGGUCGUUUAAAAAUACUUAAAACAAUACGUAGUCUUGGUGAACAUAUAUGUAUUGAUCUUUAUGUUAGUAAUCAAAUUCCUCAACAAUUAAAGAAUAAGGCUUGGUCAAUUGUUGGUUUUACAAGUCGUAAAUUUUAUGAACCAGCUAUGCAAGAAAAAGUGUUACAGAAUAUUGUGGUAUUUUUUCAAAGUCAUGAAGCAUCACGCACUGCACAUGUUAUCGAAUUUGUGAAAAAAAAUAUACAAGAAAAUGAUGGAGCUGCUAUUGCACAUAUGAUUGAUAUACUCAGUGGUAAAUCUUGUUUUAUAAAAACACGAAUGAAAAACUAUUCAUUAAUAGAACUUCAACAACAAUAUAAAAUUAAGGAACAUCUUCGUGAUGCAUAUGAUGAAAAAAUAAUUCAAAUAGCGUUUAAUGAAGGUAUGUUGUUAUCAGCUGGAUUCUGGUCUUUAUUACUUUAUGGUAAUGAUACACAAUAUGAGUUGCAAAUGGAGAAAAUUAUCGAUAAGUUGUCGAUUUCGACAACAGAUUUAUUUGACCGAUCGAUUAAACAAUUUAGAGAUGUUGCAUUAGGUAGUACAUCUCCAUUUAAACCUUUAUUAAAAUUCGAAAAAUAUUUUAUACAGUUAGCUCAAAUUGGUGAUUAUAAACAAGAACAUUUGAAUGCGUCGAUAUUUGUACCUCCAUUAGAGGCUUUGACAGAACUUGUAGAUGGUGAACGAGAUGAAUUUGAUAAACAAAAUGAAUAUGUUCAAAAUCUUUAUCAACAAUUACAAAAUGAUUUUACAAAAUUAAAACAACAAUCAUCAUUUAUUGAUGAUAAUCGUCAUUAUGAUUUAUUAUCAAUUGAAAAACAUUUAGAACAAUUUAAACAAUUAUUAAAACGUCUUGAUGAAACAAAUAAUAAUUUAAAAGAAUUAACACGUUUACAACGUUUAUUAACUAGUAAAGGACAUCGAAUUGAUUUUCGUACAGGUGGUGAAUUAAAUGCUAAUUUAAAAAAUCUUGAAGGACAAAUUUAUAAUGAAAUUGAAAGAAUGGAAAGAGCUUUACAAAGAGAAACUGAUUUUUAUCAUUUAGAAAAAUAA